UUUAUUUUACGAUUUUGCACAUGAAAGACCAUGAAGACGAAGACUUUGAACGCUUUUACGGCUUUAGCAAAGUGUUUCAUUAGAUAGGUAUGAAUGGCCAGGAAAGAUCAAUUGUGUGAUUAUUAAUUAAAAGGAACAUUAAAAGCAUACAAUGUCAAAUCCAUUUGGGAGCUCCUCAUCCCCAUUUGGGUCAUCAUUUGGUGCACAAACGUCAAACCAGUCCCAGCAGGUAUUCGGUGGGACAUCAUCACUUGCUUCUCCCUUUGGUCAAAGCUCUGGGACAACCUUUGGAAGUCCUGGGAAUCCAUCAUUAGGAUCAGGAUCAGCAGUGUUUGGAGCACCAACAGGAUCAAAUGCUUUUGGGUCUGUUUCAUCUGCAUUUGGAUCUACUGAUAGCAGUAGAAGCUUUGGAGCUGGAUCAACAAGCAGUGGUUUUGGGAUGUCAUCUGGAGGGUUUGGAGGAAGUAUCACAGGGACUGGAUUCCAGUCUGGAGCUGGGGGUUUUGGUGGAAGUUCUGCCUUUGGAACAACUACGGUAAAUACUGGAUUUGGAACAAGCAAUGCUGGAUCAGGUAGUGGUGGGUUUGGAGGUGGAUUUUCUGGAUCAACUCCAAGUGGUGGAUUUGGAACAAGUGGAUUUGGACAAGGAUCCUCAGUGCUAUCAUCAAGUGGAGGCUUUGGGACAACCUUUUCCAUGCCAACAACAGCUGGAGCUUUUGGAUCUGGCUCUGUUUCAAGUGUAUCUAGUAAUCUGCCUGCUUUUGGGAAGUCGGUAGGAUUUAGUUCUACAACUCAAACUGGGGGUAGCUUUGGAACAACACUCAGCACUUCCUCAUCUGGAUUUGGAGCAAAUGGAGGCUUUGGUCCAUCAACAGGUGGUGCAUCAUCAUUUGGGACAGGUGCAACAUUUGGAGCCACAAAUAAGCAAGGCAGUAAAAGUAUACAGAUGUCUUCAUCAGGAAAUGCUGUGAACUCCCUAAACUCCCAACCCACUCCUGCAUUCUUUGGACAAGGCAAUGUGUUUUCAUCAUCAACAGCUGGAAGUGGUGCAGUCAGCUCUGUUUCAGCUAGUGCCAAAACUGCAUUUGGAACAUCCACAUCCAUUGGGUAUGGAAACUCAACAACUCCAGGAUUUUCUGCCUUUGGGGCUGUUACAGGAACAGGAAAUGCCCCUUUUGGCGGAGUGCCGUCAGCACCCAGUGGAAUAUUAAGUGGAGAUCCUCCCAAAGAAAGAGGAUCAUUUGGUGGACCUACCCAAUCAACAUCCUCAGAGUUUAAAUCUUUAACACAGGCGGAUGAAGUUGGCCAGAAGUUUGGGGCAAAAGGGUCUACCGGUAGUAGUUCUGGUCUGUUUGGAAAAGGCUCCCAAAUGUUUGGUAAACUGGAGUCCUCGAGUGCAUCAAAUGAAGGAGGGGCAUCCAGAAUGGGUGGGCAAACAGGAUUUGGUCAAGAUGAGCUGAACCAGGGAUCAAAGGAUAACGGAACAGGGGAGAUAGUGGGAUUGGUUCCUCCAGCCUCCAAGUUCAUACUGAGAACUUCUGCUUCCAAAGCAAUACAGUCCACAGCUGGUAAUGACAGUUGUGAAACAUCAACCACAAAAUCUAAGAAGACGUUGUUCCAUGAGGAAGCUUACUCAGGGCAGAGACAAGGUGCUUCGCAGGUCUUGUUUGGCAAGGCCAUCGCUGGCUCACAGAACAGGGUCUGGAAACGGACCACAGAUGGAGAGGAAGCCCGCAAAAUCAAACGCAAGUCCAGCGACGGAACAGAGGAUGAAAACCAAGCAAAAAGGACCACCACGAUGAGGAGACAUUCAGUGGCAGAUGACAAAGACAGGGUCGCCUUGAUCUGUAAGAAUGUCCCGCCUCGAUUCAACAACAGCCAGAAGCUUCGACAGCAUUUCAGUAAAUUUGGGGAGGUCGCCAGAGUUUUCCCAAAACCAGAGAGAGGAAUGGCUACCAUUCAUUUCAAAACCCAUGAGUCAGCUUUAGAAGCCAAAAGAAAAGGAGCAGUUAUCAUGAAAGGAGAGAAGAGAAUGGAGCUAUUUUGGAGCUCUUACUCACCUGCUGGGAAAGUCCAGGCAAGAAAAUCCUCAGCAGAAGAUGCUACGGGCCAAACCGCUGGACCAAUCAAAAGACAGGCCCAAGAUACAACACGACAGUACAAAUGGAGAAGAAAUGAGGUGGAUGACGAACUAGCCAGCAUGUCAGGCACAGGUGACCUCAGUCAGCCCCAGCAGGAGGUCAAAGUUCAACCAUCACAGUCCACUGAACGAGGGGCACGUCACUCCAGCCCUGUGCCCAGCACAUCAGGGUCAAGCAUAGCCAUGGUAACAAAAGUAGACCAAGCUUCCAUUACUACUCUGAAGAACGCCACUGCUAGAAGUAAUUCAGAUAAACUGCAUAUCCUCAAUCUACGGGACAAAGUUAACAGGCAUGGUUCUAAAAAGCAGGCAGACUUAGCCACGGCCAAAGCCUUUGUAGGGAGCUGUACGGACAUGUGUCCCGAGAAAGAGCGUUAUGACCGAGAGGAGAAACGAAGGCUUCAUAACUACGAAGUCCUUCAGGGCACUGAGGGGACUGGCAAUCCACAAGUUAACCAUUUCUUGGCAGUGAAGGAGUAUAGUCGAUCAUCAGCGGAUCAGGAGGAACCCCUGCCGUAUGAACUGAGGACUCUCCCCACCCUCACCUUAACGAUGACCUACUUACUGAGCAAGAUCGCUGACCGUGGGGAGGACGGAAAAUGGGGCGAUUGGUUCGAUUUCUUGUGGAAUAGGACUCGAGGCAUUCGGAAGGAGAUCACCCAGCAACAGUUUUGUAAUACAGAGAGCACAGCUCUGCUGGAAAAGUGUGUCCGCUUCCACAUCUUCUGUGCGGAGCGACUCUGUGAAGAGGAUAUGCAUUCGUUUGACGACAAAAUCAACAACGAGAACAUGACAAAGUGCCUACAGACGCUGAAGGAGAACUACUCGGACCUGGAGAAGAAGCAGGAGUUCUGUCCCAAUGAGGCAGAGAUGAGGUGUUACAUGGUCUUAAUGAAUCUCAACCAAGGAGACAUCCUAAGAGAGACACAGCAGCUACGACCAGACGUACGAAACACGAUCUACAUUAAUUACGCGCUACAGGUGUACGCGGCCCUGAACAGUAACAACUAUGUUCGCUUUUUCCGACUGGUCAAGGGUGGAUCUUUCCUGUGUGCCUGUAUCAUGCACAGAUACUUUACUCAAGUCAGAAAGAAAGCAUUACAGAUCCUGAUAAAGGCUUAUAGAAAAGGUGUACAGCUUCCACUGGAAGACUUGGUCAGGACACUGGGAUUUGAUGAUCAGAAUGAGGCUGCCCAAUUCUGUCAAUUCUUUGGACUGACCACAGUGGAUAAUUGCGUCACUCUGGACAGGGGGGCAUUCAUCGACCCAGAGGAAAACUGGUGCCCACGUAGAUCAGCCCUUAUUGAGCAGAAACGAAAUUCUUCAAUUGGGGAGGCUAUAAAUGGGGGUCCACUGCCUGUGUUUUCACCACCAAAACCAGAAAAUAGCUUUGAUGAGAAUGGCAGGUUUAUUGGCCAGAUUAUAGCUAAGGCUUCAGAUCUAGUGGAUUCUCCAAGGAAAGAACCAAAAAGUAUCAGACCAGAGACUGACCACGCACCUGUUUCCACUGCAAGAGUGGUGACCCCCCAACCCCCAGCUGAAUGCAAACCCAAAGUCGCUUUCUCAUUAGAGGGAGUCAAGGAGGAGGCGAAGCUAUUAUUCUGGGAGGUGAUUGAUGGCCUUUGUCUGGAGAUUGGACAGGAAGUGAAGCGUGACAUGGUGGACCCAUUAAUGGAUUUCUCCCUGUCUGUGUACAAUUCCAUCUCAACUGAAGUUGUCACCAAGUUUGUGUUGGAGUAUGCAGAUGCAGUGAAAACCCUACAGGAGCAGCAAAAGGCAGAGAGGGAAGCCCAAGCACGCAACGCUGCAGCAGUUCAGAUAACCAGUGAGAUUCUCAAGGAGGUCCUGAAUGAGGAAACCCUCAACUCAGCCAAUGAAGAGUUCAGGGAAGUUCAAGCUGAAUUGAAGAGACAAAGAAUUGAAAGGUGUUCUGCAGAAGUUGCAAUGGCAAUAUUAAAUACCUCUGUACUGGACAUGACCCACUCUCUCUCUGAAGAAUUUUACCAAAAAGAUGUGGUAGAGCGACUGCAGCGAUUGGCCGACCAGGAACAUUGUGUCAAGGUCAAGAGAGCGGGCCGCUUUUUCCAGAUGUGGAAAGCUCAGCACUGUGCUCGCGUCAAGUUCAAGCGCUCCAUGCUGGAUUUUCCUUCAUCCAGUGCCAUGAUGGACCCAGCACAGCAGGUAGAGGCUCUGAUUCCAGACGGGAGGAGAGAGGAGAUUCAGGAAGAAGGGUUCUAUGUGACCCAGACCACCAAACUGUCGCUGGAGUCGCCAGUGGAGUAUGUGAAGCGAUUGGAAGCCGAGGAAAAAGUGCUAACGGCACACGAGAUCUACAGAAAUCUGUGUCGGCAAAAAGCUUGGAAACCUUUGGAUGUUGGGUCGCUAGUUGGGCAUCAACUUUUGCUUCAAAACAAAGAGGCUAUUAAAAGAGAUCCAAGCUGUGGUAACAUUUUCUGGAAGCUGGUGAUUUCUCUACCGGACCCUGACCUUAUCCAGACCCAGCAUCAAGGUCAAGGUCUCCAGCAGCUCACCAAGUGGCUCAAGGCCAAGUUCCACCGAGGGACGACCACGUCUCAACAGCUCUCCUCUGUACAGAAUGAGCUGUUAAGUUUGUACAAAGUACCAGUGACCCUAAACUCUCUACAAGGCUCUCUGGGGGUCUGUGUGAGGCUCCUGGAGGGAAAUAUAGCUAUCAGUGACAUUACAGGCAGCCUGCAUGGGGCCUCAGCUCUCUUUUUUGUCCUGCCUCCAGCAAUCAGUGAGGACCCAGAGUGGAGUCUGUGGGAAGAUGAGAAAAGGAGACUUGAAGGACUCUUACGAAGCAAGCCUAUCUGUCCUUCGCUACCAUUGGUUGUGAUAUGUCCUGUUCCAGCCAAUGAAAAUGUAGAUGAGAACUUUGUGCAGAGAUGUCUGAACAUUGAUGAUUUGGUGGCCGAGAAGCUGAUCAGUUGCAUGACAUUGUAUGUUAUAGAGUAUGAUGAAGAUUUACCAGAGGGUGUGGAGGUCAAUGACCCAGAGGUUACAGAAAAGCUUUCAGACAGAGUGAGAUGGUUGGCAGAACAGUUCCCUGGGACCCCGGGUCUCCAGACUCAGUACUGUAGGUCUGUGGUGGAAGACUUCCUACAGGAACACUUCUACAGCAGAGUGUUGUAUAACCUCAAACAGCGCAAACUUCAGGGUUACCUGCACCAGGAUCCAAACACAAUGAUAUCUCUAUACAAUGCUGGCAUUGUCCAUUUACAACAAGUGCUCACGUCGCCAAAGCUGUCCAAUCACUCCUGGCCAGUCAGUGAAUUUACUCAUUCAAGAAGGCAUGAUUUGCCUCCCCUGUACUGGAACACUGACCAACACUUGACAAUGGUCUCUGACCUUCUGGCCGACCUUCAGCUCCCCAGCUUUACGUACAGUCAGGAGGAGAAAGAUGAUUGGUCGACAGUUUGUCAGGAUGUCUGGGCUUAUGUACAGCGAAUCGUCGACGGAUUCUCACCUUCCAAUUCUGUGGAUUUGGCAUCAAAAAUUCGAGUUCUUCUACAUCGAACUCGUCGGGACUUUGAGGACACCUGUGACCUUUGUACCGGAGUCAGUCGCUGUGACCCGACCUACAUCAACAUGCCAUGGACUGACCUCAUUAUGGCCUGUGUAGAGUUUAAGAUUACUGAAGCUGACUUCAUGGAUCCUAACUCAGAGACAGGGAUGGAUGAGUUGGUGCUGGCGUAUGACAAGGAGGCCCCCUUGGCCUUUGAUCCUCCUUCAGAGUGGCGCUAUCUGGAAAAUGACCAAGAUAGAGAAGAAACUGUGUCUUUGGAAACAACAUUUCAGAGAGCUGCAGCAAGAAAGUGUUCACAGAAAGAAAGCCUCUCAAAUAGCAGACAAAAGAAUACAAAUGUCAGAUCUAAAGAAAAGUCGGCAUCUUUGGACCUGUUACCAAAGGCAGUGCAUGAUGCCACACAGACAUCUACUCUCCUGUCAACAACAAUUGAAGAAGAAAAACUGAAAUCUAAACAAUUUGAGAAAUACCUUGAGAGUUUAGUGAACGGUUCAAACUUGAAUAAAACAAAUAUCCCGGACAUCACAAAUAUUCCUACGUGGAGUGUAUACGAUUAUGAACAGGAAGAGAGUAAGAUUUCCCAGAAUACCAUUCAGGAAUCAUUCUAUAAGACAGAGGCCAGUGUUUGGAACUAUGGACCUUAUAAUCUGGACAAGACACUGGGCCAGCCUCGGGUCUCUGAACAGUUUGUCCAGCUAGAGGAGAAUCUUAAGUCAGAGAGGAGGGCCAGUGAUGUGUUUGAGUUACAACUCCAGAGGUGGAUGCAGACGGGCGUCUGAUACAUAUACAGUACAAAUCAUUACACAUGCACCAAAAUUGCUACAUGUGAAAUGUAAAGGUUACCAUUUACCUGUAAUUUUAAUUAUUUACAUGGGAGCUUGUCACUGCAUUAAUCAAAAUUAAUAGCUCCCUGUGAACCAAUUACUGUGCUCAGUUAGUUUCUGGAGACACAAAUUGGUGUUGACAGCUCAGUUAAAGCUCCAAGUAGAAGGGCAUUUAAUUCAGCCACUGAUUGGUUUAUGGUAAAUACUCAAUUUGAAUGGAUUUGCUUGACUGCUGUGGCUCAAGUAGCACAGCUGCAAACCCAAUAUACAGGUACAUGUAUUGUUUACAUGAAAGGAUACCACCAAGGACAUUUAUCCUCUGUAAACAUGCCUAUUUGGCAGUGAUAUCAUUGUGGUAAAAAAACAUUAAAUGAAUUUAUUUUCAA